UUUACUGCUAAAAGUUAGGGGAUUCAAUUUAUUGCUAAUUUGGGUUUCAAUUGGGGGUUUUAGUUUGGGCGUUUCGAUUGGAGUUGAAGUUCGAAGUUCUUCGAUUGCUAAAAGUUUGCUUAGGGUUUCGACUGAGCUCAUCAGGAUGGAUGAUGAUUGUUUCCAUGUCAGGUUUCAUCACAAGGGGAAAUUUCAUAAUAGUACUUACGUUGGAGGAGAACAAACUGUUUUUAAGUAUGUCGAGCGUGAUAGAUGGUCUUACACCGUACUAAUGGAGUAUGUUAAGGAUGAUCUAGGAUACUCUGAAAUAGGAGGGAUAUAUACAAGGAAAGAAGGGUGGAAAUUAUGCUCCAAUGAUGCAGACCUUUCUGAAUUUGAUAAACUAGCAAAAAAUGGAGACUACUUGGAUUUUUAUAUUGACAACAUGGUCGAUAAUAAAGUCCAGCCACUGAAACAGAUGCAACCACAUGUGGUGAUGCGACCAAGGCCAAAUAUAUUCACAGCUAAAAACCCAGUGAAACGGACAUUUGUGACCACUCACCAACUCCAACAACAAAAAAACAAGAAGGCAUCUGAUGUACUCCACAGUCCUCGGAAAUCAGCACGUCUUAAAAAUCCACAAGAAGUCAACAGCCCUCGGAGGUCUACACGACUGAAUCAGUUGAACAGUCCCAAGAAGUCAUCACGACUGAAUGAUCAAGAGGUUAACAGUCUUCCAAAACUAACACGGCCAGAUAAUCAAAAUGUUGAUGAUGCAACUUUGGAUUUGAAAAUUUCAAGUGUGAAGAGGAAAUUGGAUUUGCAAAAUGCACCAAAUGAAGAGGAAAUUAUGGGAGAAAAUGAAUUUCAAGAGCUACCUCCUCCACCCCCCCUCACAGAUUAUGAAAAAAAGAGAGCUAUUAAUAUCACCACUAAUAAUCAAGUGUACAAGACACUAGGUUUGCCCACAAUAGCAACAAAUCUUAGAGCUGAGAUGAAAGGAAAAAGUAAAAGAAAUUACACUGUUCAAGAAGAAGGCUCUGAAUAUGAUCCUGGAGCAGAGGAAAAUAAUGAAGUUGAUGAUGGCGAAGAAACAAGAAAGAGAUCUAAAAAGGAAUUGAAAAGAAAGCAUCCUAGCGGUGGACCAACAACUCGUUCAAGAUCCAAUGUGAGAACUGCCCCUCAGAAGGAUGCAUCAACCAAGGCACCACAUUCCUCGGUGCUGGUAGAGCCUGCUGCACAAAUCCAGCUUCCACAAAUUGAAGGAGUAGGAACAAUGGCUGCUUAUGUAGCUAUGCGGAAGCGUCAACAGACUAAAACUGCUGAGAAAAAUGCUGCAAUUGCUAGUGGCAGUGGAACCGCAAAUGAGCAAGUUGAUGGAGAGGAUGUCUUGCCUGAUAUUGGUGAAGAAAUUGAAGAAGUUGAAGUUCCCAAAAGGAAACGAGGACAAACAAUUAUGAAUAGAGUUCAUACAAGGCCCUUUGACAAAAGAAUUGUCUUGGACAUGAAUGAGGAUUUCCAACCUGUUUCUGAUAAUGACAAAGUUGUGUCUGAAUUUGGUCAAUUUUUGGGGACAUUGAAGAAGUGUGUGCCACUUACUUACAAAUCAUGGAAAGAUGUUCCUGAAAAUUUGAAAACCACUUUGUUGAAUUAUGUCAAGCAACGAUACAUAUUUCCCGAAGAGUUAGAUAGUUGGGUGAUGAGGUCAAUUAAUUUAGACUGGAAGGGGUACAAGAGUCGUACCAAAACAAAAUAUUAUACUGCUUAUGCCACUGACGAUGAAAGGUUAGAAAAAAGGCCCGACGAAAUUCCACUCGAGGAAUUCAAAUUGUUGUUACAGUAUUGGGGAGAUAAGGAGAUUCAGCGCAAGGCCAGGAUAAAUGCCGAGAGUCGGCAUAUGUAUGUAGACACACACACUGCUGGUACAAAAUUAUUUUCACAACUUCGACAUAAGAUGGUAAACAAUUCAGACGCAGCAGUUUUUGUCAAGACUCGUACGAGAAAACCUGAUCGCGAGUAUAAAACUGAGGGAAAAGUAUCUAAAUUCAUAAUUGACAAAAUAGAAAAAGUUCUGGGAAAGGAUUUAUCAGGACCAACAGAUGGGGUCGAUGAACUUCUGUUGGAUGCAAAAGGACAUGGUCCUUCUUGGCUUGUAGGGAGAUGUUUCAAGCCUGCCAAAGGUUUUGGUCCGACAAAGUCGCAAAUCAGUGACUUAACAACAAAGAUCAGGCAAGAAGUUGCUGAAGAAAUGGACGACAAGAUGAAGAAGCAACAAGAAGAAGUUGAAGCAAAGAUGAACAAGAUGCACGAGAACUUUGCUUGGAUGCUGAGGAAACUAGGGGAAGCAAACCCUAGCAUCAACAUCAAUAUGGCAGAACUAUGUGCCACAAUUUCAAGUGACCAUGAUGAUGGAACUCCUAUUACCGGAGGAGGUGCUACUAAUUAGUCAGCUGUUUAUAUCUACUGCACUUCUUUGCUUUUCUAUCAGUACUAAGUUGUCUAAGAAUUUGAAGUUUGUAACUUUAAUUGUUUAAGACUUUUGUUCUGCUUGUUUAUGGUUGGAUGGUUAUGGUAGGAUGUUGAUGGUAGGAUGGUGAAGGUAGGAUGGUGGUGGUGUUUAUUUUGGGUUGGACUGAAUGUAGUUGGAUGUAUGGUUAUGAACUGAAUGUUGCUUGUGUUUGCUUUAAGACUAUUGUCUUACUUAAUGGGAAAUGAAUAUUUACAAACAAAUCCUGCCAAAUUUUUUUCCUAAAAGUGGACCCCACUACAAUCUGAACAGAAUGUCAAGCCCA